AUGCCUGACAACCGUCUCUAUCGAGGGUUUGUUCGAGGAGGUGUUCUUGGUAAGAGAAGAUUAGAGAAGAUUGUUGAGGACGUCCUUGAUAAGCAGGAAGGAAGGAAGAUGCCGUGGAAAGCACUACGACAAGAGUGUGUUAGGCAGUGGAGGAUAGAGAACAUGAGUGAUGAGCGUACUGACCGACACGUUGGUGAUCUCGUGCUCACGAGCAUCCCUGCAACGUACCUGUCCAAGAAGAGCAAUCUGGUCAGCAAGAAGUGA